CCAACUAAUGCAGGAUACUCUUAUGGUGAUGUUGUAUCUACUACUUCAGCCGCUGAAGAUGAUGUAUUCACAUUUCUAGAAAUCUUUUUCCAAAAUUUUCCUCAAUAUGCUAAGUUAAAAUUCCAUAUUGCUGGUGAAUCGUAUGGAGGGCAUUACUUACCCGUCUUAGCCUCAAAGAUCAAAAAUAGCAAUGCUAAUAUCAAUCUUGAAUCCAUCUUGAUUGGAAAUGGUCUAAUAGACCCUCUAGUGCAAUUCAAAUCUUUUCCAGAUAUUGCUUGUAAUAAUCCACCUUAUGAACCAGUGUUAGAUAAUGCUACAUGUACUCAAAUGAGAGAGAAUUUUCCCAUAUGUGCUAAUUCUACACAAGCAUGCUACGAUUCAAAAAGUUCAGAAGAUUGCACAAAUGCUUUUAGCCAAUGUUUUAGUACAAUGAUUGAUCCCCUUACAAGUGCUGGUAUAAAUUAUUUGGAUAUAAGACAACAUUGUUCUGGCAUUGCUUGCUAUCCAACUUUCUUGGAUAUCUUCGCAUAUUCUAAUAGUACAAAUGUUAAAACUGAAUUGGGGGUUGAUCCUUCGUUUAGCUUUCAAUUAUGUAACACUGCUGUUAAUAGCACCUUCGUUAACUCUGGUGAUUGGAUGCUUCCCUUUGACGGUUACAUUCCAUCACUCUUGGAAAACAAUAUUCGAGUAUUAGUAUAUGCUGGUGAUGCUGAUUAUCUUUGUAAUUGGCUUGGUAAUGAUGCAUGGACGAAAGCUCUUAAUUGGACUGGUGCUGCAAGUUUUAAUAAUGCUAAUAUUACUCAAUGGAUAACAGCUACUGGUACUUACUCUGGAGAUGUUAGAACAUCCAAUGGACUUACAUUCCUAAAAAUUUUCAAUGCGGCACAUAUGGCAGUUCAUGAUCAGCCAGCUGCAAGCUUAGAUUUCUUUAAUAAAUGGAUAUCCAAUAAGCCUUUGUAA